AUGGAACAAAAGUUGGAAAAACUAGAACGGCUUCAAAAGGAAAUGCAAGACCAGUGGCAGGUGCAAAUGAAAGAACAUGUGGAAAAGAUCCAAAAAGACAUGGUACAAAAGAUGAAGGAGUCUCAGGAUGACCUAAUGACUAAAUUGACGCAAUUAAUAACUAAGGGAGCGGAUAAAGGGAAAGGUCCUGUGAUUUGUGAUGAAGAAGAAAACAAUGAUGAACCGCUUUUUCCUCCAGGAUUCACACCUCCGCAUGCGCAAGUUCAGACUGAACCACAUCCACGAAGACUUUCUGUUUCGAUUAGGCCUCAGCAUCUUCAAGGUGAUGCUUCAAUACCGAAGAACCUUCAGGUCGGAUCUGGUUCUAGUCCUGGCAAUAAUCUGGUUAAUUUUGUUGUCCCGGAUUUCGAUGAACUAGCUGAGAAAGACAAGGUAAAGGAAGAGUUACCAAAGCAGUUUGAGGAGAAAUGGAAAUGGAUUGAAGAGAAGUUUAGGGCAAUAGAAAGUAUCGACAGCUAUCGUGGAAUAGAUGCGAAAGAUCUGAGCUUAGUUCCGGAUCUGGUGCUUCCUUACAAAUUUAAGAUGCCGAAAUUUGAGAAAUAUAAUGGGACCAGUUGCCCAGAAGCCCAUAUCACUAUGUUCUGCAGGAGAAUGACGGGGUAUAUUAAUAAUGAUCAAUUAUUAAUACACUGCUUCCAGGAUAGUCUUACAGGUGCGGCGUUAAAAUGGUACAAUCAGCUAAGCUGAACCAAAAUUGCUACUUGGAGAGAUUUGGCACAGGCAUUCAUGAGAAAAUACAACCAUGUCUCAGAAAUGAUGCCUGACAGGAUAACUCUGCAGAAUUUGGAGAAGAAAUCAAACGAAAGCUUCAGACAAUAUGCACAGAGGUGGAGAGAAGUGGUAGUGCAGGUGCAACCACCUCUUUUGGAAAAAGAAAUGACGACGCUUUUUAUUAACACAUUAAAAGCCCCAUUCAUCACUCACAUGUUGGGAAGCGCUUCAAAAAAUUUCUCGGAUAUAAUCAUGAACGGCGAAAUGAUCGAGCAUGCUAUUAAAAGUGGAAGAAUAGACGGAGGGGAGAACAAUAAAAGGACAGCCCCGAGGAAAAGAGAAAAUGAAGUGAAUAAUGUGAAUGCCUACGAUAAAUCAAUUACUGUGAGUCAACCGAGGAAAGCGGUCAUUAAUCAACUGGGCUCAUCGAAACAAGAGUCAGGAAUGAGGCAAAAUACUGAGAAGCCCCAGUUCACUCCCAUUCCAAUGACAUAUAAGGAGUUGUACCAGAAUUUAUUUAAUGUGUAUGUUGUCGCUCCUCGUUAUUUAAGUCCUCUACAACCCCCAUAUCCAAACUGGUAUGACAUAAACGCUCAGUGUGACUAUCAUACUGGAAUUUCAGGACACUCGAUAGAAAAUUGUACUGCUUUCAAGAAGGUAGUGGAAGGACUUAUCAAAUUGGGCGUUGUCAAAUUUGGUGACUCACCCAACACGGAAAGUCCAUUGCCCAAUCAUGAUGAAGGGGUGAACGCGAUAAUUGAGAAUGGAGGAAGGAGAGUCAAAGCCAAUAUAGCAGAGAUAAGGACCCCCUUGAAUGGAACCAUGGUGCAAAACUUAAUGGAUAACAAAGAGUUGGAAUUUUAUGAAGAGAUUAAUGGACUAGAAGAAGGAGAAGUUUAUGCUGCAGAAGAAGGAUCCACGGGGAAAGCCCAAAAGGCUAGUCACCCAGUGGUAAUUAUUUCAAAACCAAUGAGCAGAGAAUCUAGAAUUCAAAUAGCGCCAAAGGUCAUAAUCCAGAAACCUGUAUCCUUUCCUUACGAGGAUAGCAAAAAGGUUCCUUGGAAUUACGACUGCAAUGUGACAAUUCCAGGGAAAGAGAGCUUGCCGGUAACUGAAAAUGAGGCUAGAGAAUUUCUAAAAUUCUUGAAACAUAGCGAGUACAGUGUGGUAGAACAAUUGCAUAAACAACCGGCUCGUAUCUCGGUGCUUGAAUUGCUUAUAAGUUCAGAGAUACAUCGUAAUGCGUUGAUUAAGGUGCUAAAUGAAACUUAUGUCGCUCACGAUAUCUCAGUGAAUAAGUUGGACCACUUGGUUAACAAUAUCAGUGCCGACAAUUUCAUUUUCUUUAAUGAUGAUGAAGUACCGCCGGGGGGAAGAGGAGCCACCAAAGCAUUACAUAUCACUGCCCGUUGCGGGGAGUAUGCGUUAGGAGGAGUGCUAAUUGAUAAUGGGUCAGCCUUGAAUGUUUUACCCCUAUCCACCUUAAAUAGGUUACCGGUGGAUAGCUCUCACAUGAAAUCAUGCCAGAAUAUAGUGAGAGCAUUUGAUGGUACUGAAAGGAAGGUGAUGGGAAGAAUAGAAAUACCCCUCUUGAUUGGCCCAAAUACAUACGAGGUGGAUUUCUUAGUGAUGGAUAUCAAGCCUUCGUAUAACUGCUUGUUGGGAAGACUCUGGAUUCAUUUAGCAGGAGCGGUACCUUCAUCAUUACACCAGAAGUUGAAAUUGGUAACAGAAGGCCGGUUAAUUACGAUUGACGAUGAGGAAGACAUCAUUGCAUCGGUAACCAGUGACGCGCCAUAUUUGGGAACAGAUGAUGAGACGGUUGAAUGUUUCUUUCGAUCCUUAGAGUUCGUAAAUGCGACCUCUGUCAUUGAGGGAAAGAAGAUCCCGAUGCCCAGCAUAUCUAGAGCCACGAGGAUAGGACUACAAAUGACAGUUGGGAAAGGAGCUAUACUCGGAAGAGGACUGGGAAGAUGCCUUCAAGGAAGGAUAGAGGCACCAGUGCUGAAGGACAAGCAAGACCGUUUUGGUUUAGGAUUUAAACCAAAUGCUAAGCAAAGAAGAAAAGAGUCUCGAGAUAUCAAUGACAUGAGUAACUCUACUAUAGACUUAGGAAAUCCUUUUGAUCAAGAUGUGUGUUUAGAGGAAUCUCAAGAUUUUGAAGAUAACAUAGAUUGCAACCUAUUUCCUGACUUGUUGAGGAUGGAAGAGCAGGAAGAGAAACAAAUCAUACCUCAUAAGGAGACAGUAGAGACGGUAACCCUAGAAGAGGGAAAGAUGGUGAAGAUUGGCACAUGCAUAACUGAAGAAGUAAAACAAGACCUCAUUGAGUUGCUUCGAGAAUUCAAGGAUGUCUUUGCAUGGUCAUAUCAAGAUAUGCCGGGGCUAAAUACUGACAUUGUAGUUCACCGACUUCCUAAAAAGGAAGAUUGCAAACCAGUUCAGCAAAAACUCCGAAGAAUGAGGCCAGAUGUUGUAUUAAAAAUAAAAGAGGAAGUACAAAAGUAAUUCGACGCUAGAUUCCUGCAAGUGGUCAAAUACUCUGAGUGGGUGGCCAAUAUUGUUUCUGUCCCUAAGAAAGAUGGGAAGGUACGAAUGUGUGUAGACUAUAGAGAUUUAAAUAAGGCUAGCCCAAAAGAUAACUUUCCCUUGCCACACAUCGACACCUUGGUAGACAACACAGCAGGGCAUUCACUGUUUUCUUUCAUGGAUGGUUUCUCUGGAUAUAACCAAAUUAAGAUGCAUCCUGAGGAUAUGAAGAAAACUACAUUCAUAACCCUAUGGGGAACCUUUUGCUAUAAAGUGAUGCCAUUCGGGUUGAAAAAUGCAGGGGAAACGUAUCAGAGGGCCAUGGUAACACUGUUUCAUGAUAUGAUGCAUAAGGAGUUAGAAGUCUAUGUUGAUGACAUGAUUGCGAAAUCUAACACGGAAGAGGAACAUGUGCAAGUCCUUAAGAAAUUAUUUAUGAGGUUGAGAAAAUUUCAGCUAAAGUUAAAUCCAGCAAAAUGCACAUUUGGGGUCAGAUCAGGAAAAUUGCUUGGGUUCGUGGUCAGUGAGAGAGGAAUUGAGAUUGAUCUUGACAAAGUAAGAGCAAUACAAGAAUUACCUCCACCGCGUACUCAAAAAGAGGUUUGAGGUUUUCUAGGAAGACAGAACUACAUCGCUCGGUUUAUUUCACAAUUAACCGAGAAAUGUGACCCCAUAUUCCGUCUCCUUAAGAAACAUAAUCCAGGUGUAUGGGAUGAGGAGUGCCAAAAAAAUUUUGAAAAAGUUAAACAUUACUUGUCCAACGCCCCAUUGCUGAUGCCACCUUGCCCAGACAAAUUGCUCAUACUGUAUUUGGUAGUAUUUGAAAAUUCCAUGGGAUGCGUGCUUGGUCAACAUGAUGAGACAGGACGAAAACAAAGAGCAAUCUACUAUCUCAGUAAGAAGUUCACCGAAUGCGAAACAAGAUAUUCGCCAAUCGAGAAGCUAUGUUGUGCCCUGAUCUGGACAACUCGGAGACUGAGACAGUACAUGUUGUACCAUACAGCCUGGUUAAUUUCUAAAUUAGACCCUCUGAAAUACUUGAUGGAAUCAAUCGCUUUGAAUGGAAGAAUGGCCCGAUGGCAAAUUCUCCUAUCUGAAUUUGACAUAGUCUAUGUGAACCAGAAGGCUGUAAAAGGAAGUGCAAUAGCGGACUUCUUGGCAAGUAGAGCGCUGGAGGAUUAUGAACCCUUGAACUUUGAUUUCCCAAAUGAAGAUUUGAUGUAUGUUGCAACUAUAGAAAAAGAUUUCCAAGAAGGUGGUCCCUGGAAGCUAAAUUUUGAUGGAGCUUCAAACGCUAUAGGCAACGGAAUCGGGGCAGUACUCGUGUCCCCUAGCGGAGAUCAUUACCCUUUCACUAGCAAAUUGGAUUUUGAUUGUACAAAUAACAUGGCUGAGUAUGAAGCUUGCAUUAUGGGCAUCCGAGUAGCCAUAGAGCAGAAAAUUAAGGUGUUAGAGAUUUACGGGGACUCUGCAUUAGUAAUUUACCAGCUCAAAGGGGAAUGGGAAACAAGAGACCCCAAGUUAGUCCGCUAUCGAAAAUUGGUUAUGGAAUUGAUUGAGGAAUUUGAUAGUGUCACCUUUAGUUAUCUCCCACGAUAUGAGAAUCAGAUGGCAGAUGCUUUGGCUACCCUAGCUUCUAUGUUCAAAGUGAACAGGCUAGAGGAUAUGAAGCCUAUCCAGAUCAGCAUUUAUGAGGCUCCAGCCCAUUGUUGGAAUAUUGACAAUGAAGGAGAAAAGGAUGAUCACCCCUGGUACCAUGACAUAUUGCGAUAUGUGAAGAGUCGUGAGUACCCUGACCAUGCGACGGAAAAUGAUAAGAAGACAUUGAGGAGAUUAGCCAUUGAUUAUGUCCUAGAUGGGGAUAUCUUGUAUAAAAGAGGAAAAGAUCAAGUAUUGUUGAGAUGUGUGGACGCUGUCGAAGCUAAGGAAAUUUUGGAAGAAGUGCAUGAAGGUAUCUGUGGAACGCAUGCCAAUGGAUUCACGAUGGCCAGACAAAUUAUGAGGACUUCUGCGGGGGCAACGCCAUUUUCUUUAGUCUAUGGGAUGGAGGCAAUCUUACCUCUAGAAGUUGAAAUUCCUUCUCUCCGAGUAUUAGCUGAACUAAAGUUGGAUGAGGCUGAGUGGAUUCAAUCUCGAUAUGACCAGCUGAACUUGGUAGAAGAAAAGAGAUUAAAAUCUAUUCGUCAUGGUCAGAUGUAUCAGAAACGAAUUAUGCGAGCCUAUAACAAAAAAGCAUUUUCAGGAGGAGCUUUAAUCUUGAGCGAGAUGGAUGGUAAAAGCCUGCCAAUCCUGUGA